UUCUUUGAUAGAAAACAAUAUUAACUCCGAACGAAACGGCAGCGUGCCGGCCCUUAGCGUGAACCUGUUAGCGGUCAGAAAUUGGUUAGGUGUCCGAAAUGGAAAUCCCGGUGGGUUGUCGACAGGUGCUUCUAGAACAACUACAGCAGAUAACGCACAAAAACAUUUGAUGAAGGAAAAUACAAACAGAUGCUGUAAGAUCACUCACUCGACCCUACAACGCAGACGAGCUAAGAUAUAGAAAGAAAGAGAUAUAAUAUAACACCAAGCUUUCCUUGUUUCUCCAAUAAACAAACAAAUAAAACCCUAGAUUUCUCCUUCAAAAUCCCGAUUCCCUUUCUCUCUCUUACUAAUAAUUUCGAGUUGACUCCUUGUCCAUCAAGCUCUCAAUGGCAUCCAUGGCUUACGCCUGCUCUCCGACCUCUCUCCAGCUUCGCUUGGCCAUGAAAAGCAGGAACUGUAAGGAAUCGCCUGCAGUUCUAAUACGGACUCGGUUGAGGAAGCUGGAUUCUCACGUUCGUGUGCUAUGUGCGGCUCAAAAUGGGAAUGGAGUGGAACGGCGUCCUGAAACGUGUCCCUGGAUUGCUUCAAGCGCUGCGGCGGAUAAUUUUUCAGGGUGGUUUGAUUCGGAUGAUGGUGAUCAGUCUCUUGAGUCCAAGUCGCAGAGGAAGAACUGGCUUCAAGGGAUUGUGGGAGCUGGAGUAGCUGGUGUCAUCCUAGUUGCAGGACUUACCUUUGCGGCAUUGUCUCUUAGUAAGCGGAGCACUUCAAGACCAAAACAACAGAUGGAACCAUUGACUACUCAGCAGGAAGUUUCACUUUUCUCUAAUUUGGAGGAUGAUAAACUUGAGACAAAUAAAAGUGAGGAAAGCAGUGUGAAGCAAGAUGAUAGUAGUCUGGAACACAAGACAGGUAUAGAUAUGGUUCUUUCUUCCUCUCCAGAACUUCUUGAAGCUCCCAUUGAAAAUAAACUCUGUGAUAGCAGUCCAACCUCAUUGGUAGACGAUGAUAAUCACAUAAUUAGUUCCCAUGAUACCAUUGAUAAGGCUUCUAUUCAAGAUGAUGUGCAAUAUGGAUCAUUUUCUGAUGACAAGUCGGAUGCUUCUGAAAUGAUUUCCAACUCACUGAAUUUGCCUGAUUCUGAAAUUGCUGAUAAUAGCGUAGCUGCAAGUAUACCUAAAUCAAUUUCAGGAAUUGAGCAAAAUUUGGUCAAUGGUGAAACUGCAGAUUUGUUGAAUACAACAAAUCCUUUCACUGACCACAAAGGGGGACUGCCUAGCUCAGAGUUAAAAGAGAAUUCCGAUUCUUCAUGUGAUUCUUCUAGUUUCCCUGUUCAUGAAUCCAGUGAGUCUGUAGAUGUGAGCAUUUCAGUCAAUGCAACAAUGGAUGCAGUUAUAGAACCUGGGAUUGUUUACAAAGAUGACAACGAGAUUGUAACCUCACUUCCAACAGAAGAAAGUCUUGACACGAGCAAAACAAUUCAGGCCUCAACUGGGAGAAAUAGUUCAUCCCUGGAAGUGAAAUACUUAAAUGAGAGUGAAUCUUCUGGAACAACUUCUGUUUUUCCAUCAGCCUAUCCAUUUGAAAGAGAGUGGGAAAUGGUUUCUAGUGGUAAGACAAUUGGAAGCAGAACGUCUUUUGUUCCACCACCAUUCAGCAGUUCCUUCUCCUCCGCUGGUAUACCUGCUCCAUCUGUAGUUUCGGAAGCUCUGCAGGUUUCUCCUGGAAGGGUUCUGGUUCCUGCAAUUGUUGAUCAGGCUCAGGGACAAGCACUAGCUGCGCUGCAAGUUUUGAAGGUUAUUGAGGCUGAUGUUCUACCUAGUGAUCUGUGUACACGUCGUGAGUAUGCCCGUUGGUUGGUGGCUGCAAGCAGUGCUCUUUCAAGGAACACACUUUCAAAAGUUUAUCCUGCAAUGUAUAUAGAGAAUGCUACUGAACUAGCAUUUGAUGAUAUCACAGCAGAUGACCCUGAUUUUUCAUCAAUUCAAGGUUUGGCUGAAGCAGGACUUAUCUCAAGCAGGCUUUCAAGCGGUGAUUUGUUUUCGUCUUCAAAUGAAGACCAAGGUCCAUAUUACUUCUCUCCUGAAAGCCCUUUAUCAAGGCAGGAUCUUGUGAGCUGGAAGAUGGCCCUGGAGAAAAGACAACUUCCAGAAGCUGAUGGAAAGAUUUUGUACCAACUUUCUGGUUUUAGAGAUAUUGAUAAAAUAAACCCAGAUGCAUGGCCUGCACUGAUAGCUGAUUUGUCUACAGGAGAUCAAGGAAUAAUAUCACUUGCAUUUGGUUGUACAAGAUUAUUCCAGCCAGAUAAACCUGUUACAAAGGCCCAAGCUGCUGUAGCUCUUGCAACUGGUGAGGCUUCUGACAUAGUUAAUGAGGAGCUUGCACGUAUUGAAGCAGAAUCCAUGGCAGAAAAUGCUGUGUCUGCACAUAAUGCUUUAGUAGCCCAAGUUGAGCAGGAUAUCAAUGCAAGUUUUGAGAAGGAGCUUUCUGUGGAGAGGGAAAAAAUUAAUGCUGUGGAGAAAAUGGCUGAAGAGGCAAGGCUUGAAUUAGAAAAGUUAAGAGCUGAAAGGGAUGCAGAUAAUAUUACCCUGAUGAGGGAGCGAGCUGCUAUUGAAGCAGAAAUGGAAGUUCUUUCAAGGUUAAGAAGUGAAGUGGAGGAACAGUUGCAAAGCCUUCUGAGUAGCAAGGCGGAGAUAUCAUAUGAAAGGGAAAGGAUUAGCAAACUUCAAAAAGAAGCAGAAAGCGAAAAGCAGGAGAUUUCCCGGUUACAGUAUGAGCUGGAGGUUGAGCGAAAAGCCUUGUCCAUGGCCAGGGCUUGGGCAGAGGACGAAGCAAAAAGAGCAAGAGAACAUGCAAGAGCCAUUGAAGAAGCUAGAGAUCGUUGGGAGAGGCAUGGCAUCAAAGUAGUAGUGGACAGUGAUCUUCGCAAAGAGAGUUCUGCUGAUGUUACAUGGCUUGCUGCAGCAAAGCAGUUCUCUGUUGAAGGAACUGUAAGCAGGGCUGAAAAAUUGGCGGGCGAGCUCAAGCUAAUGGCAGGCAAUGUAAAUGAGAAAUCUAAGGAGGUGAUUCAUAAGAUUAUACAGAAAAUACUCAUCUUAAUUUCACUUUUGAAGGAGUGGGCUUUGAAGGCAAGUGCACAAGCGAAGGAACUUAAAGAUGCCACUAUCUCGAAGGCAAAGGGAUCAAUAGAAGAGUUGCAGAAAAACACAUCGGAAUUUAGUUUAGCCAUCAAAGAAAGGGCAACAGGGUCAAUACAAGGGUUGCAGCAAAGCACUGCAGAGUUUAGUGUGGCUAUGAAGGAAGGUGCAAAGCGGGUUGCAGAAGAUUGCAGGGAAAGCGUAGAGAAACUCACUCAUAAGUUCAAAUCAUGAAUGUUUACUGUAUUAUUACUUUCCUAUUGCGCCAAUAAUAAAUUUUGCCCGCAAAUGCAGUUGCUGCUGAGAACGUAAUCCUCAUUGUAUUACUUUCCUGAGUUUCCAUCCUUAUUUUUGAAAAGUACUCACUGGUUCCGACGCUCUACCAA